AUGGGAACAACCACGUUGGCUAGUGGAGUGGCCGCUGUUACAGCAGUGGCCGUCGUCGUUUCGUUGGUGACUGUGGUCUACAUAGUCAACGACAUCAACACCUUCUACGACGACGUCAUCUCUGAGCUCGAUGGCUUCAAGGCUACAGCACAGGAGGUGGAUCAAUCAUGCAAUUGCGGUCAACAAGCCAGUGGUUGCCCCGCUGGACCACCUGGACCACCUGGACAACCCGGACUGCCUGGAGAGAAUGGAGAGCCUGGACAGGCUGGAAGGCCAGGAAACAACGGCGGCACCGGUGGAGAUAACGGAGGCUCUGAUUGCAUCUCGUGCCCAGUUGGACCUCCAGGACCACCAGGACCUGACGGAAGCGCUGGACCACCUGGACCUGAUGGAAAUCCUGGAGCUCCUGGAGGCGGAUCUGGAGCGUCACCACCUGGACCUCCUGGACCACCAGGAGACGCUGGGCAACCUGGAAGUGAUGGUCAACCUGGAUCUCCCGGUCAACCAGGAGCACCUGGAACUAGCGGAGCAGGACAACCCGGACCACCUGGUCCUCCAGGACCAAAUGGAUCACCAGGACAACCAGGACAGGACGGCACUGGCGGUGGUGGCAGCAACGCUGGUCCACCAGGUCCACCUGGACCCAACGGAAAUCCAGGACAACCUGGAGCGCCUGGAGCACCAGGAGCGCCUGGUAUGGAUGCCACACCUGGU